GUGUUGUGUUGAGGCCGACCGCUCAGACGCUCCAGCAGGACGCGGACGACACGGGAGCCGGGGCCGGGAACGCUGUCCCUGGGUCGGAGUCUUCACCCCCGCCUGUCCGCGGAGCCCCGCCGGCUCUCCGCGGUCCCUCAGCUCCGGCCAGCCGACCGUCUGGGGCGGCGGUGCCGGGGCGGAUGAACACCACCGGACCGCUCUGGAUACAUGGAACUACUUUGCAGUCCUGACGGACCUAACGGGACCGAACCGGAACCACAACCAGACCAGCGGCUCUGACUGCUGAUUUAUUCAGAGCAACUGUGUGAUCCUCCUGUCUGCAGCAGAGCCAUGAAUGGGCCUGGACCCCAGCUGCUGCCCACCUAGAGGUCACUUCACCUCGGUUUACAUCUACUUCGCUCCAGAGGAUGCUGGGAAUGUGUCGGGGUCGCAGGAAGUUCCUGGCGGCCUCGCUUGCCUUGCUCUUCAUCCCAGCGCUCACCUGGCUUUACCUGUCAGUCGGUAGUUUUCAAGUGAAGCCCCUUCCCUUGUCUCCUCUGGACGUCCAGCCCUCGGUGCCGGUGGACGGGGCCGGGGAGCGGCAGGCUCUGGAGCUGAGGGUCCGGGCGGUGGAGGAGGAGAACAGGGCUCUGCGCCGGGAGCUCAGUCGGCCGUCCAGGAACCCGUCUGGACGCCUGCAGCAUGACUCCCACCGGGGGAACCAGAAUCGGACUCACUCAGAGGAGGGAACCGGGGACAACGAGGGCCAGAAAAACGCUGCCGGGGCCAACAGCUCAGACUGCGUCCAGCAGCCUGUGGUGGAUAAGUGUGAGACCAUCCACGUGGCCAUCGUGUGUGCCGGCUACAACGCCAGUCGAGACGUGGUGACGCUGGUCAAGUCCGUCCUCUUCCACAGGCGCAACCCUCUCCACUUCCAUUUCAUCACCGACUCCAUCGCUCAGCAGAUCCUGUCGUCGCUGUUUCACACCUGGAUGGUUCCUGCCGUCAGGGUGGACUUCUACGACGCCGACGAGCUGAAGUCCGAGGUGUCGUGGAUCCCCAACAAGCACUACUCUGGGAUCUACGGCCUGAUGAAGCUGGUGCUCACCAAGACGCUGCCCUCGGACCUGCAGAGGGUCAUCGUGCUGGACACGGACAUCACGUUCGCCACCGACAUCGCCGAGCUCUGGGCCGUCUUCCACAAGUUCAGAGGUCCACAGGUUCUGGGUCUGGUGGAGAACCAGAGUGACUGGUACCUGGGGAACCUGUGGAAGAACCAUCGACCCUGGCCAGCUCUGGGCAGAGGCUUCAACACCGGGGUCAUCCUGCUGCUCCUGGACCGGCUCCGGAAGCUCCGCUGGGAGCAGAUGUGGAGGCUGACGGCAGAGCGGGAGCUCAUGAGCAUGCUGUCCACCUCUCUGGCAGACCAGGACAUCUUCAACGCGGUGAUCAAGCAGAACCCGUUCCUGGUCCACCAGCUGCCCUGCUUCUGGAACGUGCAGCUCUCCGACCACACGCGCUCUGAGAAGUGCUACAAGGACGUGUCGGACCUGAAGGUGAUCCACUGGAACUCCCCCAAGAAGCUGCGGGUGAAGAACAAGCACGUGGAGUUCUUCAGGAACCUCUAUCUCACCUUCCUGGAGUACGACGGCAACCUGCUGCGACGGGAGCUGUUCGGCUGCCCCAGCGAGGCCGACCACAACAGUGAGAACCUCCAGAAGACUCUGUCAGAGCUGGAUGAAGACGAUCCAUGCUAUGAGUUCCGUCGAGAGCGCUUCACUGUCCAUCGAACGCAUCUUUACUUCCUCCACUACGAGUAUGAACCCACGUCAGACAACACCGACGUCACUCUGGUCGCCCAGCUCUCAAUGGACAGACUGCAGAUGCUGGAGGCCAUCUGUAAGCACUGGGAAGGCCCGGUCAGCCUGGCCCUGUACCUGUCGGACGCCGAGGCCCAGCAGUUCCUGCGCUACGCUCAGGGAUCCGAGGUGCUGAUGAGCCGCGGGAACGUGGGCUACCACAUCGUCUACAAAGAGGGCCAGUUCUACCCGGUGAACCUGCUGAGAAACGUGGCCAUGCAGCAGGUCAACACGCCCUACAUGUUCUUAUCGGACAUCGACUUCCUGCCCAUGUACGGCCUCUAUGAGUAUCUCAGGAAGUCCGUCGUGCAGCUGGACAUGGCCAACGCCAAGAAGGCGCUGGUGGUUCCAGCCUUUGAGACGCUGAGAUAUCGCCUUUCUUACCCCAAAUCCAAGGCUGAGCUGCUGUCUCAGCUGGACAUGGGCACGCUCUUCACCUUCAGGUACCACGUGUGGACUAAGGGCCACGCUCCCACCAACUUUGCCAAAUGGCGGACGGCCACCACGCCCUACAAGGUGCAGUGGGAGGCCGACUUCGAGCCCUACGUGAUGGUGAGGAGGGACAGUCCGGAAUACGACCGCCGCUUCGUAGGCUUCGGCUGGAACAAGGUGGCUCACAUCAUGGAGCUGGACGCGCAGGAGUACGAGUUUGUGGUUCUGCCCAACGCCUUCAUGAUCCACAUGCCUCACGCCCCCAGCUUCGACAUCACCAAGUUCCGCUCCAACAAGCAGUACCGGGUCUGCCUGAAGACCCUGAAGGAGGAGUUCCAGCAGAACAUGUCGCGCCGCUACGGCUUCGCCGCCCUCAAGUACAUGACAGCUGAGAACAACAGCUAGCGCGGACCCCUGGCCGCCCCAGUACCGAACUGCCGCGCUCCUGCGGACCACCGAGGCCCGGGGAAUGGAAAACAAGAGGCUCACGGAGCCGCCGGGACUCCGGACUCCAGUCCAUCAGACUUUGUACGAACGUUUGACUCUCAGUGUUAACUGCAGGGUCUUCUCUCCAUCUGUUGUCCUCUGCUGUUAGAAGACGUGAUCCGGGAGGAUUCUAGUCCCACUGCUGCCGUUCUGCUGCCGUUCUGCUGCCGUUCUGCUGCCGUUCUGCUGCCGUUCUGCUGCCGUUCUGCUGCCGUUCUGCUGCCGUUCUGCUGCCGUUCUGCUGCCGUUCUGCUGGGUGUUAAAGCUGUGACGGACGACAGGACCAAGAUGCAGCUGUGCAGUCGGACAGGAAGUAGUAGAAUGAAAGCAGAGCUCUGUGUGUGUGUGUGUGUGUGUGUGUGUGUGUGUGUGUGUGUGUGUGUGUGUGUGUGUGUGUGUGUGUGUGUGUGUGUGUGUGUGUGUGUGUGUGUGUGUGUGUGUGUGUGUGUGUGUGUGUGUGUGUGUGUGUGUGUGUGUGUGUGUGUGUGUGUGUGAGACAGAACUGACUGACGCUGCUACCUGAAUAAAAACAGAGG